AAGCCUUUAAGGCAGUUUCUGACAUAUAGAACUGUGUGUUUGCAAGUCUCAUUUAUUUUUCAAUUUUUAAAGGUUUAUAUUAUUAUCAUCAUCAUUAUUGUUAUUAUGUGUGUAUGUGUUCAUGUUUGUCCAUAAGUGUGCAGGUGCUCAAGGAGGUUAGAAGAGAGUGUCAGAUCUCUGGAAGAUGCAGUUAACAGGCGGUUAUUAGCUGCCAAGUAGGUGCUGGGAAUUGAACCUGGGUCCUCUGCAAUUGAACCUGGGUCUUAACCUCUGAGCCAUCUUGCCAGUUAGCAAGUCUUAUUUACUUUAGCAUUGUUAUCACUUAUGGUUACUUCUUUAUGAUGGCCAGUUCCUCUAGGGCACAAAUUGUCUUCUGCAAGUCUAUUGAGGAUUCACACUUGUAAGAGAGUAAAACAGGCAGAAUUCAGAAGAUGUAGUUAUAAUGGAGCCUGAAAUUGGGGUAGUCUUCCCAAGGUACUCAUGGUGAGCAAGGGUACUUACAUCAGUACUGACUCAGCACUUUAGCUGUCUACCCUCAGCAGCCUACACUUCUGGCAUCUAGGAAGCGAGGGCCUAUUCUGAUGGGUGGAUGUGAUGCCCCAUUAUUAUCUAGUGUCCUCCCUGGCUCCCUAGCACUUCCAGGAACAAUACAGCCUUUCCGACCCCUGACUGCCAUCCCCCCCACUGUAUCUUCCGCCUUGCCACACGUGAUCUUUACCAAGGCAUAUACCAUCAGUGGUUCUCAGACUCUCAAGUUGUUUGCAGUGCCUCCACCACAUGGGGGGUGGGGGGAGGAGGUCAUCCUUCAAACCAGCUUGAGGCCAAAUCAGCUUUAAAUAUGCAUAUGUGUUUCCGGAGCACUUGGAAGUCCAAGGUGGGUAGAUCAAGACUUGGUGAUCACGGAGAGUCCACGGCUGCCCCCACACAACAGGAAAUGGCGCCCAGCUCUCCCCACCUCAAUGCAGAUGCUUUUCCUGUUGGGAAUAAAGUGCCAGAGACUCAACUUCCUUCCUUUCUGCUUUGAAGAGGGAGGGGCCUUGGGGAGAAGAAGGGGCUUCUGGGCCGGGCGGAGUGGGAGAGAGGUUUCCUUGGGGAGAGGAAUUUGGCUGCUUGUGCCAAAAGAGCUGGAGUCCCUCUGGUCCCGUGAGCAGUGAGGGUGUGCCCAGCUCUGCAGGAGAGAGAAGGCUACACUCAAGGCCAAGGCCACUUGCCGAGGUGGGAGAACCGGACACCGGUCAGAUCUGCGGAACCCAAGGAACAUCUGCUCUGCCUGAUCGACUCCAGGCUCUCGCCCCCCACUCCUACCACCUCUGCAGUUCCUCGAGGCAAACCAUGGACUCUGCAGCCAAGGACCAGAUACAGCCCACGGUUCUUCCUGGCUCUUCCUGCCGGAGGCCUGAGUGGCCAGAGCAGGAGAGGGCCGAACAGCUGGCACGGGGUGCCGCACUCAAGUGGGCUUCAGGCAUCUUCUACCGACCAGAGCAGCUGACCAGGCUGGGCCAGUACCGAAGCCGAGAAAUACAGCGUAACUAUUCCCUGGAAGCAAGAAUUAAGUCAGUGGUGCAGUCAUACCUGGAAGGUGUACAGACUGGAGUGUGGCAGCUGACCCGAGCCCUAGAAGCUGUGCAGGGAACACGUGAAGCCUUGAGCCAGGCCCAUCACUUACUCCAGGGUUUGUCUCGGACCUCACAAACCCUGGAACCCUUGAGAGAAUGUGUUGUCCAGCACAAACAACUCCAGAUCCUGACUCAGUUGUUGCCGAGGCUCCAAGCAGUGCCAGCUGCAGUGGCCCACACGCAGACCCUGAUAGAUGCUCAGCGAUUCUUGGAGGCAUAUGUGAGCCUGCGGGAACUAGAGCAGCUGAAAGAGGAGACAUGGACACCCCUAGGAGGGCUGGAGUUGCCAAUCUUCCAGGGGCUAGGCCUUCUGGCUGAAGCCCUGGGCCAAGCUGUGGAGGCAGCUGCAGGAGCUGCAGGGCGGCUGGCACGUGAGGAUCCAGCCCUGCUGGUAGCUGCUAUCCGUGUGGCAGAGGUGGAGACUGAGCGCACAAUCCUGGGGCAGGCGCCCCGAGACUGGCGGCAGCGAUGCCUUCGGGCACUGCAGGAGGGCCUGGAGCGGGUCCACUUUGCAUCGCCUGUGCUUCCUGAGCCAGGGGCCCUGUCAGGGUGGCUUGAGGCUCUGCAGGUAGCCUUGCCUGCUGAGUUGGCAAGAGCAGAAGCCCUGGUGGCACCCUGCUGCCCACCAAGCUACCAUGUGGUUCAGCUAUGGGCCCACACCCUGCACAGUGGCCUGCGCCGUAGGGUGCAGCAACUCCUUGCAGGGCCGGAGCUAGGAGCUGCUGACACGUUCGCCUUGCUGCACUGGGCACUGCAUGUGUACAUGGGGAAGGAAAUGAUGGGGAGCUUGGAACUGGGGCCUGAGUCUGAUGUAUCCCAGCUAGACCCCCUCUUGACCUCAGAGAACAUCGAGCAGCUGGAGGCAGCAUUUGUGGCUCAGGUCCAGGUAAGUGUGGCUCAGUGGCUGAAGAAGGCACUGGAUGGGGAGGUAGCGGAGUGGAGCAGCGAACAGGAGCCCACCACAGAUCCCUCAGGUUUCUACCACUCACCAAUGCCAGCCAUUGUACUGCAGAUCUUGGCUGAAAACAUUCAAGUGACCAGCCUGAUUAGUGACUCAUUGCAUCGGCGGGUGCAUGACAUGGCAGUGUCAGAACUGGGUGCAUUCUUGAGAAGUUUCAGUGAUGCUCUGAUCCGAUUCUCUCGAGACCAUCUCAGGGGAGAAGCCGUGGCCCCUCACUAUGUGUCCUACCUACUGGCUGCCUUCAACCACCAAUCAGCACUGAGAUCUUCGGUCUCGGUCCUGCUGCCCGACGGGGAAGCUUCCGGGGUCUUAGCUCCAGUGGAAGCCGCGCUGGACGACGUACAGAGGAGGAUCUGCCGCCUGGUUUUGGAAGUACUGCAGGUUGAGCUCCAGCCCCUGUUCUCCGCUCUACCCUCGCGCCGGUGGCUCUUGAGUUCUGAGUUCCUGGACGGUGUCUGUGAGCAGACAUCGCACUUCUGCCAGGACUUCUGGCGCGUACGGAAGCCUGCUGUUCAGCUGCUGCUGGCGGAGGCCGAACGGACCGUGGUGUUACAAUACCUAAGGGCGCUGAUGCAGGGCCGCCUCGUGUGCCGCGGGCCGGACGAGCGGAGCCAGGCUGCUGAACGCCUUCGGCACGAUGCUGCCCAGCUUAAAGAGCUUUUCCUCGGUUUGGGGCUGGAGGAGAGCGCUCACUGCGCGCCCGUUUUGCUUGCGCUGAGGGAACUACUCAACCUCCACGACCCCACACUGCUUGGCCUCGAGGUGGCAGGCCUGAGGCAACAAUUUCCCGACGUGAGCGAGGAUCAUGUCUCCGCCCUCUUGGACCUGCGCGGAGACGUAUCCCGAGAGCAUCGUCAGGCGGCGCUCAGUUCGCUGCAGGCAGGUCCACCGCCCUCACCUUCCACUGGCCGCCGGGCACUCUUCAGCCUGGUACCGACGCCUACGCCCUCUCUGUCCUCCUGCCUCCCCUCGGGUCCCUGCUCCUGACACCCAUCUGUUUGCGUAAUAAAGCCACGUCUGCUG